AAUCAAAAUCAGCGUCAUCUGCUCCACCUCACACCAUGAUCUCUCUCACAUUCUCAAUUCCAUUCUUCAAUGGCUUCCCUUUUCAUUGCUUCUUCGUACUCGUUUCCUUCUUCCUCAUUUGUUCUCAGGAAGAACCCACCUAUCAAAUUUUCACCUCUCCCCAAACACCCAUUUGGCCGAAGAACCCACCUCCCAUUCUCUCUUACAUCCACACCCGGGUCAAUAAAACCCCUUAGAUCCUCGAACAAAGAUGACCCGGAAGGCCAGCCACCUUCUUCAUCUUCAGUUGCUGUCGUUUCUGAGAAGCAAGACGACGGUGAUGAUGCCCAGAAGAGUGGUUUGGCUGCAGAAGUUGACUUGGGUGAAGAAAAUGAUUCUGGGGAGAGGGAGAACCAGCAGGAAAUGGACUGGAAGCUUGAUGAGGAGUUCAAGAAAUUCAUGGGUAAUCCUUCAAUUGAAGCUGCCAUAAAGCUUGAGAAGAAGAGAGCCGACAGGAAGCUCAAGGAGCUCGAUAGAGAAAGUAGUGACAACCCAGUCGUGGGGCUGUUUAAUAGAGUGGUUCGUGAUAGUCUGGCUAGAGAGAAAGAGAGGCUGGAGAAGGCAGAGGAGGCUUUCAAGGCUCUUGAUCUUAACAAGUUAAAGAACUGUUUUGGGUUCGAUACAUUUUAUGCAACUGAUGUUCGGAGGUUUGGAGAUGGGGGAAUUUUUAUUGGGAAUUUGAGGAGACCCAUUGAAGAAGUCAUUCCUAAAUUGGAGAAAAAGCUCUCUGAAGCAGCAGGGAGGGAGGUUGUUUUAUGGUUCAUGGAGGAAAAGGCAAAUGACAUUACAAAACAGGUUUGCAUGGUGCAGCCGAAGGCAGAAAUGGAUCUACAAUUUGAGUCAACCAAGCUGAGCACUCCUUGGGGUUAUAUUAGUUCAAUAGUCUUAUGUGUUGCAACUUUUGGAACCAUAGCUCUAAUGAGUGGCUUCUUCCUUAAACCCAACGCAACAUUUGAUGACUACCUGGCCAAUGUUGUGCCUCUGUUUUCUGGCUUUGUUACCAUUUUGGGAGUUUCUGAGAUAGCCACAAGGGUAACAGCAGCUCGUUAUGGUGUUAAACUCAGCCCAUCAUUUCUUGUGCCAUCUAACUGGACAGGGUGCCUGGGAGUUAUGAACAACUAUGAGUCAUUGCUUCCAAACAAGAAAGCGCUUUUUGAUAUUCCUGUUGCUCGAACAGCUAGUGCCUACAUUACAUCGCUGGUGCUAGCAGUUGCUGCUUUUAUUGCUGAUGGAAGCUUUAAUGGGGGUGACAAUGCAUUGUACAUAAGGCCCCAAUUCUUUUAUAACAACCCUUUGCUUUCUUUCAUCCAGUUUGUCAUUGGACCUUACACGGAUGAUCUUGGGAAUGUACUUCCAUAUGCAGUAGAAGGUGUGGGAGUUCCUGUUGAUCCCCUUGCUUUUGCUGGACUCUUAGGAAUGGUGGUGACUUCUUUGAACUUGUUGCCGUGUGGAAGACUUGAAGGAGGCCGCAUUGCGCAAGCUCUGUUUGGGAGAAACAUUGCUACUUUGCUAUCUUUUGGCACAUCACUCUUGCUGGGAAUUGGUGGCCUGAGUGGAAGCGUCCUCUGUUUAGCAUGGGGGUUGUUUGCAACCUUCUUCCGGGGCGGAGAAGAAGUACCAGCAACAGAUGAGAUCACCCCAUUGGGAGAUGACAGGUAUGCUUGGGGAUUUGUCCUUGCUCUCAUCUGUUUCCUCACUCUUUUCCCUAAUGGUGGAGGGACAUUCUCCAGCUCAUUUUUCAGUGAUCCAUUCUUCAGGGGUGAUCUGUAAAUAGAUUACUUAGCGAUUAUGUAUAUGUUCUUGACCCGCUUCUGUAAAUUGGCAACUGUACUUGAGUCAUUUCCGGCUGAUCCAAGGAAUCAAAAAAGUGGGGGAAAAAGCAAAAAAAAAAAAAAAAAAAAGGGAAAAGUGAAGGAAAAUAUCUAUUUGAUACUUCCAUGCUUGGUUUUAUAGAUUUUAUAGUUGUAGGAAGGGCUUACUUCAGUUUUUGUCCACUGUUCUGGUUCUGCCUUUGGCCUGCCUAGAUAUAUUUGUUUGUAAUUGGGUUGCAUCCUCCUCAUUUUGUUAGGUGCUUCUUAAUAUAAUUUUCUUGUCCGCAAACUACUUCGGAAUCAUUGUGCAAAAUUGAUCAAUAAAUUAUUUGUCAUGCUUUAGUUUAA